ACCCAUAAAAGAUGGAAACCUGUGUGAGUGUGUGAACUUAUUUAACUACACUCAAUGUCCUCACUGAGCAAACUGCUUUAUUGACUUGAAGACACACCUGUUUUACACACGUCACUCAAACACAGAACCAGGAAACAGGAAUCACGUGAGUUCAGGGAAAGAGAAACUGAAGUGUAGUUGAGCUGUUGUGUUUGUGUCUCUGUAUUCAUGCAGUAAAAUGGCAGGAGCCAGAAUUUUUCAGGAUGAGUUCAUGUGUGCAGUGUGUCUGGAUCUUCUGAAGGAUCCAGUGACCAUCCAGUGUGGACACAGUUACUGUAAGAGCUGUAUUACAGGCUGCUGGGAUCAGGAGGAUCAGACGAGAGUCUACAGCUGCCCUCAGUGCAGACAGACCUUCAGUCCAAGACCUGCUUUAGCUAGAAACACCAUGCUGGCUGAAGUGGUGGAGAAACUGAAGACGACCAAACUCUCUGCUGACUGUGACGCUGGAGCUGAAGAUGUUCAGUGUGACGUCUGUACUGGAAGAAAAUACAAAGCCGUCAAGUCCUGUCUGGUGUGUCUGAACUCUUACUGUCAGAAUCACCUCGAACAACAUGAGAGUUUGUUUAAAGGAAAGAGACACAAUUUGACUGAAGCCACUGGACGACUGCAGGAGAUGAUCUGCCAGAAACACGAGAAGCUCCUUGAGGUUUUCUGUCGCACUGAUCAGGAAUGUAUAUGUGUGCUGUGUAUGGAUGAACAUAAAAACCACGACACUGUAUCAGCUGCAGCACAGAGGACAGAGAAACAGAAGCAGCUGAAGGAGACGCAGAAGACGCUCCAGCAGAGAAUCCAGCAGAGAGAGAAAGAUCUCCAGCAGCUGAGAGAGGCUGUGGAGUCUCAGAAGCGCUCUGCACAGACAGCAGUGGAGGACAGUGAGAGGAUCUUUACUGAGCUCAUCCGCUCCAUUGAGAGAAGCCGCUCUGAGCUGAUACGGCUGAUCAGAGAUCAGGAAAAGCAAGCAGUGAGUCGAGCUGAAGGACGACUGGAGCGACUGGAGCAGGAGAUCAAUGAUCUGAGGAGGAGAGACGCUGAGCUGGAGCAGCUUUCACACACACAGGAUCACAUCCAGUUCCUGCAGAGUUUCCAGUCUCUCUCAGCACCUCCUGAAUCUACAGAUGGAAAUGAUGAUCCCUUCACUUCUCUCGUCUCUUUUGAUUGCCUGAGAGAAUCUGUCCAUCAGCUCAGAGACAAACUGGAGGAUUUCUGCAAAGAGGAGCUCCAGAAGAUCUCAGACAGAGAAACAUUCACCAACAUUGUUCCCAGAACCAGGAACCACUUCCUACAAUAUUCCCAUCAGCUCACUCUGGAUCCAAACACUGUGAAUAAACACCUCUGUCUGUCUGAGAGCAACAGAGUGAUAACAUUCACUCACACAAUCCUGUUGUAUCCUGAUCAUUCAGACAGAUUUGAUUAUUAUUCUCAGGUGUUGUGUAGAGAGAGUGUGAGUGGACGCUGUUUCUGGGAGCUGGAGUGGAGUGGAGAUGUGUAUAUAUCAGUGUCAUAUAAGAGCAUCAGCAGGAAGGGACGGGGUAAAGAGUGUGAGUUUGGAUAUAAUGAUCAGUCCUGGAGUUUGCACUGCACUUCCUCCAGUUACUCAUUCUGGCACAAUUACAUAGAGACUGUUCUCCCUGUAGAGUCCAUCAUUAGUAGAAUAGGAGUGUUUGUGGAUCACGGUGCAGGAACUCUGUCUUUCUACAGCGUCUCUGACACAAUGAGCCUCAUCCACACAGUCCAGACCACAUUCACUCAGCCGCUCUAUCCUGGGGUUAAUGUUUAUCUUAGUGGAUCAUCAGUAAAACUGUCUUGAUGAAUCAGAACAGACUGAUGACAGAUUCUACACAUAAUGCUUUCAGAUGCAUGAUGAAUCAGUAACAGUGAGAUGUUAUAGUCUCUUCUUUUCUCUUCAUUACAUUAAUACUGCAGUGAAAUAACGUCACAAUAAAUGUGUAAUAAACCCUCAUACAGACAGUAAGAUCAGUGUGUGUUUGAGUCCUGCUGAGUGACCAUGUGUUUCUGUGCUUCUCUCAACCUCUGUUUGUGUUGAUUGAAAUUGGUCAUUUGUAGCGUCAUAUCAAUAAUUUCUAUUAUCAAAAUUACCUUUCAAUUAAAAUUAUAACACACAGUCAAUAAAACAUUCUCCCAUUUCA